CCACCCCCUUUGGAAUUUCUGCUCGCAGUUUUUUCGCCUCCUGCUGCCCCCAACGAGAGCCAAGCAAGCCAAGCCAGCCGCACACACACUCUCUCGCUCAUCUUGUCGUCGCUUCGCCUCGACCGGCCCCACCUCCUGUUCUCCUGAACACCCCGCCACCUUAGCUGCUGUAUCGUCUGCUGCCGCUGCUGCAUCCCAUUUCCUCGUGCCCCUCGUGUCCACAGGUUUCCCACAACCAACCCCAGCUACCUACCCACCUACCACAGCUACACACAGCCCACCAUGUCGGCUCCCAUCCGCAAGAAGCUGGUCGUCGUUGGCGAUGGUGCCUGCGGCAAGACGUGUCUGCUCAUUGUCUUCUCCAAGGACGAGUUCCCCGAGGUGUACGUGCCGACGGUCUUUGAGAACUACGUCGCUGACAUUGAGAUUGACGGAAAACAGAUUGAGCUCGCCCUCUGGGAUACAGCCGGCCAGGAGGAUUACGACCGCCUGCGCCCUCUGUCGUACCCCGACACAAACGUGCUCCUCAUCUGCUUUGCCAUUGACAACCCAGACUCCCUCGAGAACGUCCCAGAGAAGUGGGUACCCGAGGUACGGCACUUCUGCCCCGGCGUGCCGUUUGUGCUCGUCGGCUGCAAGAAGGAUCUGCGCAACGACCCCAACACGAAGAAGGAGCUUGCCAAGAUGAAGCAGAAGCCCGUCUCGUACGAGCAGGCGCAACAGUGCUGCGACAAGAUCCAGGCCUACGCAUACAUUGAGUGCUCGGCCAAGUCAAAGGAGAACGUGCGGGAGGUGUUUGAGACGGCGACACGCGCGAGCUUGACCAUCCGGCCACGCAAGAGGGGUGGCUGCCUUCUUCUCUGAUCACUCCCCUCCAUCUUUGUCCCCCUUCCUCUGUGCGCCAUUUGCAGCAAGCACAUGGCCUGCCUCCUUUCUACCCCGUUUGCAUUACACCCACUUUCCUACAGUGCUCUGAUUCCUUUUCAACAGACAUGACUGGUUUGCUUCAUCGUUUGCUUUGAUUCCCUCUGUGUUGUCGUCGUCGUCGUCGUUGGAGUGCGUCGGUGUACCUCGUAGUGUGCCUGUUUGUUUGCUUGUGUGUUUGUGUGCAUGUGUGUGAAUAUGCGUGCUGUCGCCUUGUGCAACACGCUCGCUCCGUCUUGCUGACGACGACAGCCGGGUCAUUCCCCUGUCGCUGCUUCUCAAGCGCGUGCGUGUACGUUCAUAUCGGGUGAUUAUCAUCAUCCUCGUCUCCAUUCAUUCAUUGUCCAGCCAUUUUGUGUCGGUCACCACUUGCCAUGUGGCGACACGGUUGCGCUGUCGUCUCGCAUGGCAGCACGUGCAUCUGGCCUCUCUUUGUGUUGUGUUGCUGUCGGUUGGUGUACACGUGUGGGCACGGCGGUGUUGAUUGCUGUUGGUUCGGCCCCACGGGCGCGCUGUUGUUGCUGUUGUUGCUGUUGUCGUUGCUGUUGUUGCUGUUUUUGUAGAUGAUGGAACGGUACUGGGUGAUGUGAUGUCAACCUCGUUGCCCUUUGUCCUCUUUUUCUCCUUCCUUUCCUCCUCCCCCUUUUCUUUCUUGCGCUUAGUCGUCAGGUGCAGCAGUCUUUUUUACACCAUCACCUUCAUACCGUCGAGAAGGCUCUGUGCGUGUUGGCGGGCGAGGGAUGGGGGGGGGAGGGGUCAGUCGCUCGAGGUGGGCUUCGGUGAGAUGGUUCUGG